UUGCUUUCCAGCUCUAACCGCAGCAUAUUAACAAAAACAACACAUAUUUUGCAUGUGAUGGUUAAAACUCGGCAAUAAAAUAAUAGUUAAGUGCAAUGGAGUCAAUGACAGCGCAUAACGAACACUCGCCCAAUUGAGGCGUCAUCUUACUAUUAUUAUCAACGACGUGCCACUUCCAUACCCAAUUUACCGUUUCCAUGCUAGAGAUAAAAACUGUUGUGUCUUCGUCUUCAGCCAUAGGCAGAGUGUCGUCAUGGGCUGCAUAACGAGCACCAAUAAACUGCAUGAACUUCGCCAGGAAAAUGUGUUUCGAGUGCGUGUCGCCCAUCUGCAGCCCAGCGGACCAGAGGCGCCAAUUAUACGCAGCGGCUACUUGGAAUUGACCCCGCGUGAAUUGAUCUUCUUGACACCCGGCUACGAUCCCAUUGUCUGGGCGCUGCAGCAUCUGCGACGUUAUGGACUGAAUGGCGAUCUCUUUUCGUUUGAAGCGGGGCGUCGAUGCAUGUCGGGGCCAGGCAUCUAUACUUUUCGCAUCCACAAUGCGGAGCAAUUAUAUCCGAUGUUUCAACGCUACAUCAAUGCUGUCAACACAGAUGCCUUUGCCCAGGUGGAACGCGAGCGGGAACGCGUCAAUUCUACCCACUCGGUAUCCGUGCUCAUGGGACGCAGUGAUGUGCAGCCGCACAGCAAUAAUUACUUGGAACCGGCUCCGAUGAUGGCGCGUGCAGCGCUCCAAGUGCAGCAGUCUGCAAAUGAGUCGAGUGCAAGCGCCACCAACGACUCACCCGAGCAGCUCCCGAAUGUGCAGUUAAAUAUGACCGAGAUGGGUGCGGCAACGGCGACGGGUAAUCUGCAGUCGCCCAUCACACCAGGCGCCUACAUAAAUACGAACACGAAUGUCUACUUCGAUCAGCCACUGCAGCGGUUGCUACAGGAGCAGAACAGUCGCAGUUCGCCAUCCGAAGCCACGCCCACCUCCUCGAACAGUGGAUUUAGCACGAUGCGGCGACAGCAGCCAAUAUCAGCGGACUUGCCACCGCAGGAGUCGGCACCGGCACUGAACGAAACGCUGCGUCUGUAUGCGAAUGUGGAGACGCCACGCGAGCGGCAGCUAUUCGAGACACCGCUGGGCUCGGCGGGUUGCAAUGAACGUUGUUAUGAGAACAUAAAUCGGUUGGAUUUGCCGCUGUUGCCGCGUGAUUGCUCGCAACAGUCGGUAGCAUCCAUCACGCAGGUGCAGCAGCAACAACAGCAGCAGCAGCAGCAGCCUCCACAGCCAGUUACACCCACCAGCUUGCCGGGAGUGAACUAUAUAGUGCUGGACUUGGAUCAGCCACGCAGUCCAGCGCAGAGUUCCCCCAAAACUGUGACCAAUGGCUUUGGCAGCGGCCUCUCGCUGACAGCGGCAGCAACAGCGCCCGUUACGCCCGAAGGACAAAUCACAACGGAUCCUACGCAAUCUGCACAGAAUCGCACAUCGAAUGCUGUAGCAACUGCACAGCCAGCAACAUCGACAACGACUGCGGCCGAAACUGUGGCUACGCAAGGCUACUCGACUAUCGACUUUAUACGCACCUAUGCGCUGAACAAAUCCUCGACGGCACCCACGAAUCACGACGGUGAGGUGGCUACAAUCUGUCAACCACAGCAGCAGCAUCAGGACCAUACGCAUGAAGACUGUGAGCUGCGCAUCACAAGGCAUAGCAAAUGUGUUCGGAAAGCCUACUCGAUAAGUGAAUAACAGGAAGAGGACGAGUGCAGAGUGACGAGUAAUAAUUAACUAGUGGCAAAUGACGAGUAAUAAGUAACUAGAGCCGGGUGAAGAAUAACAACCAAAGAGUCAUUUGUGGAGAGUGAAGAGCGAAAAGUAACUUGUGAAGUAUGAAGAGUAACUAGUACAACUGAACCACAGUAUGAAGACUGCAAAAUGCGCAUCACAUGGCAUAGGAAAUGUGUUCGGAAAGAUUACUCGAUCUAUGAGUAAAAGGACUAGUGACUAGCAAGAAGCACCGAGUAACAAUUUACUAAUGACUAGUAACUUGCAACGAGUGACGAGUAGUGAAAGCCAGCACAACGAAUUUACCUAAUAGAAAACACGGGUUCCAACUGCGGCUCGUUCUAUAUUCUAAUAUAAAAAUGCCAAAAAUAUACGUUGGGUGAGUGUUGACGGUAAUUAUUUGUCUAGAGAGUGAAAUCACACACACACACAACGCAACAAAAACAUAAAUUGUAACCAGGUUGUUUCAUCGUAUGUACUUAUUGUUCAUUGUGCACAUACUUAUAUGUAUAAGUUUUUUACAUACACAAGGGGCUGUUUAGUGCUAGUCGUUUUGAAAAUUUGUUCAAAUUAAUUAUUAUUAAGUGAUUGCAAGAUGAAAAGCUUUUAAAAUGUAUGUAACAUAUAUAUACACACUUACUAUAUACAUAUAGCUUAGAUAUACUCGUUAACUUUUAAGGCCGCACAGAUGAAAGCUUAUUAUGUAUAAUGAGCAUAGUUCUCUUGUUGUUUCUUUUUAAUUUUUUUUUUUUUUUAAUUCUAAUGUUCAAGGUUUUGGCAUUUGAAUUUGUUAGCAGCUUUAAACAUAGAUUUGAUACGUAUUUGCUUUAUUGUUAUCAAAAUUGUUAGGAAUUCAAAACAUUUUACAUAUGUACGUAUGUUACAAAUUGUGCUAGAGUCAUUGGAAUAUGCAGCAGCAGUCGGCAUAUUAUGUAAUUGCUUCUAUCUAUGGAUUACCAAUUUGAAGAAUAUUUGUAUUAUUAUUGUUAGUGUCUAAGACAAACAUGUGCAAUAAAACUUAACAGAAACUUU